GAAAUAUGGCUCUUGACGGUAUAGGAAGUGAAUAGUAAAUGUAAAGCGAAAACAUGUAAAAAUCCACAUAAUUAGAUAGUUUCUUGUGCUUCUGUUGAAUCAAAAGUAUAGAUGCAAGAUAUAAAGAUUUGUUAAGGAAAAUGAAAAAGAAAAGAGAAUUUAUGCAAAAAUGUUCAAUAUGGAAUUUUUUUCUAAAAGCAAACUUUAUCAAAUAUGUCUGAAUAUGUGAACCCCAAAACAAGUGUACGCCAAUUGAAUGCUGGUCAGAUGGAAAACAUCCGUAAAAGAUUUGAAAAUACUGGAGAAGGUACCAAUCCAAAACCUCCAAUUAGUCCUAAGAAAAUUCCUAGACCAGUAUCAGCUGCUGUGUCAAAUUCUAGCAAUGUAAGCCCAAAGAGGACCUUCCCAAAACCUGCAUUGACAUCACAAAAUGGGAGUAGUAAUGACAAGGGAGAAUUGACAUCAAUGCGAGAUCAAAUUUUACAUAAACGUAGACCAAGUAGUGAAUCUCCAGCAAUCAGUAAAUUAGUUCAGAAUUUUAGUGAGGGUAAUACACAGCCGACUGGAAAGUUAAAAACUGUACAUUCAGACAAUGAUAUUGCCUCUGAAGUAUUGCGACGAAAUCCUGUAUCAAGGUUCACUCCCUCGCGGCCAGUUUCUGUUGCAGAAAGAACAAAAAGAUUUGAAAGUAUAGACAAUUCUGAGGAUACCUUUGUUACAGGUCAGUCUACAGUUUCCUCAUUACGGCCACCUUCUAUUGCUAGAACAAGAUCACAACGUAUAAGUUCUUCAUCAGGAGAAGAUGAUCAUAAUGUUAUUAAACGAACACCUACUGCAAAACCCAGAUCACGACCAGUUAGUUCUGAGGUUGAUUCUAAAGAUAUAAAACCAACACCACCAAUUAAACCUCGUUCUCGACCUCCCAGUCAAGCUCAAGAGGAAGAUAAUGAAUAUGGUGCUGUUUGGGAGUCUGGGCCAACAGGUCCAAAUCCACCUCCUGUUAAACCCCCACGUACAGGUGCUCAUGAUGAUUAUAUGAAACUUAAAGAUUUGAACAUACAAGACAAACAAAUAUCUCAGGAAAAAUUUAAAGUAAAACAUCAUUAUGAAACCGUUCCAGAUGAUUUUAUUCCAAAUACAGUAACACCAGUUUAUAAAAGAAUUAAUAAAUCUGAAAGUGAAAAUAAUGAAAGUGUUUCAAAACAAGCCCUGAGGCCAAACAGACCUCCACCUCCUAGAGACAAACCAGAUACCAUGGCAACAAGUACCCCUCAAAAAUCAAAUUCGUUUUGUAAGAGGGAAAAGCCAGAAGUACCAAAACGACCAUCAGGAGAAACACACACUGGUAAUGUAUCACCUCUGUAUGAGGAACUUGAUUCAGUAAGAAAUUCUAAAUUUGAUUUAAAUAAAAUCAAACAUUGGGAUCGACCUGAUGAUAAUAUAUCUGAAGGAAGUGGCAGCUUGAAAAGAAGUUAUAGUGCUGAAUGUUUGCGGAGAGAUAACUAUUUUGACGAUCCUAUCUAUGUUGAUCCCAUUAAGGUUAACUUCAGAGACGACACAGAGUGUGAUGUUUAUGUUGAUCCAUCAGGUUACGCAGUACCCUACAGACACAACAUGCACAAACGACUUCAACAAACAGCUUCAACACCAGCGCAACCAAAGAAAAGUAAACUGUACCGUCAGUUAAGUAUGGAAGCCAGACCUAUAAGUCAAGCAGUGAGAUGCAAGCUGGGAAACUUGAGGAAGAGAAUAUUCAGUCCGGACACUCACCACUUAACUAAAGAUAGAAAAGAAUUUGACAUUUCAAAGAAUAAGAAGAAACUCCAAAGUGUUAAAAUGAAGAUCAAUAUAGCGUUUGCAAUUAUGAGGAAAGCAAAGAAAACAGAAAAUGAGGACCAUGAAGGAUCUCAGAGUCCUGAAUUAGGUUCUUUGGAAUCUGACAGUUUGGUAGAUGAAAAAGAAAUUGAAAAGAGAAAAGAUUAUUGUAGUAUUGUUAGGAGAAAUACAGCCAAGAAGAGAAAAGACAACAAACAAGCCCAGUCAGUAGCCUAUCCUCAGUUGUUUGACUUUGCCUUGAUCGUAGGUCUUGAGCCUGUCUCUGAAGAAGGAGGAUACAGGCCGUAUAUUAUAUACAAAUUUCCUGAACAGAGGAACAUCAAAAUAACUAAAAAUGGUCAAUUGAUAUUCUGUUCUUGUGGGCCUGCGAGAGAUGGAAAGAUAGAGAGUAAUAUCUCCAUUCCCCAGUUCUGUUUUCCUGAUGCAUUAGAAUUUGAUGUAAAAACAGCUUCUCCUGCAGCACCAAGUGAGUCUUUUUCCUUUGUACUGACCACCUUUGAUGGACAACAUGUAUAUGGAUACUGUAAAAGACUUGUGCCUAUCGACACACCAGCUGGAUUACCGGAGGUUAUUUGUAUUGUUAGUCCUGUAGAUGCUUUUUCAAUGUAUAAUGAUUUGUUGGAUGAAAUUGAAGACAAAAGACAACUAUCUUUGACCAUGGCAAAAGAGUUGAUUGUAGCAGCUUUUGGUAGACCCUUACCAGAACCAGGAAAGAUGGUCCAUGUCAGGACAUUGGAUGAGAAUUGGGAAACAGGAACUAUAUUUCUUGCCAGACCUUCUGAUGACAGAGUUGAUAAUGCUAAUAGAGAAACACUAUUACAUAAGCUUGGUGUAGAUAAACUUAUCAAAUUAUUUUCUGUGAUGUUACUGGAGAGAAGCAUUCUUUUCUGUGCCAAAAACCUUGGGAUUUUAUCCCAGACAAUCCAUGCCAUGAGAUCUUUACUUUAUCCAUUCUCCUGGCCCCACACAUACAUUCCCGUAUUACCAGAUACCAUGUUAGAUAUCUGUUGUUCUCCCACACCAUAUGUUAUUGGUAUACUGUCAUCACAUCUACAGAAAGUUCUUAAUCUACCACUAAGUGAGAUAUUUAUAUUUGACCUUGAUAAAAGACAGGUGAUUAAGUCACAAGGAGAUGAGGAUACACUGCUGCCUAAAUCUGUACAGAAAGCAUUAAAAACAGUCCUUAACAUGUGUAAAGUUGAGGGAGAUCUGAAAAAUGCCCAGAAUUUGCUGAUAUCAGAAGCUUUCCUUAGAUUCUUUGUUGAAGCCAUUGGACAUUAUGGUAACCACAUUACAACUCAGCAAAAUGGUCAGCUUGUUUUUGAGAGAGAUAGUUUUGUAAAGAAUGCACAGUCCUCUAGUAUGGAACAGUUCUUAGAAUGGUUUACAGAAACACAGAUGUUUGAAGUGUUCCUGACAGAUAAAGUGGAAACUAAAAACAAAUCAAAGACGAGUACUCUAAAUAUAUUCAACAGUCGUAUUAAGGAGUACAAUGAGGAAUUAGAAGAAGCAAAAAAAGACAAGAAGAAGUCAAAAGGAUUUCUAAAAUUACUGAAAUAGUCUCAGUCAUUCAGUGUCAUAGUCACAAACUAUUUAUAUUUAUCUGCAAAAAAUUGUCUCAUGUCAAAUCAGGAAAUGAUUAUACAUUGGAUAUAAACAUUAUAAACUUAUUCAUGAAAUAUAUUUAUACAUUUUAUGCAUGAAAUAUAGAGUCAUUGUAUAGAAGAAUAAUAUUGCAUUUAAUAACAAUUGUACUAAGUCAUAAUUCUGCAGUGAACUUUCUGCUAAAUUUGAAAAAAAGUUCACGAUAUCAUUUGAUUAAUAAUUCAAUACACAUAUUUUUUGUUGUCUGAAAACAUAGAAAAUUGAAAACAAUUAUGACAAAAUAAGAAGAAUAAACAAAGUAGAUAAGUGAAAGUUUUAACUUAAAUGCAUUUUCUCAACACAACUCAAACUUUUGAUAGCAUGCAAUAUAAGAAGUUUCAAUGCUAGGUGGUUUAACAUUUUUAUUGAGCCAAUUUUUACACUCCUUGUUAAACCUUUGGUUAAAUUCACUGACUUUAUGAAUGCUUUUCAUGAAAAGAAGAUCUUUUGUGUUUCUGUGAUAUAACACUAACAUGAGUUUCAAACAUUUAUAUACAAAGAACAUAUCACAAAUACUCUAUGAUCUCUCUCUAACUUUGAUAAGUUUUUCAUCAUGCAUAAUUCUGGCAUAAAAAGUGCAAUGACAAUAUGCAAUAAGGAUUUUAGUUUUGAUAAUUGGAAACAUGUUCAUACAUUAUUAAUGUAUUUUAAAGAAAAUUAAAUAACACAAAGACAUUUUUAGUAAGUUCUGGAAAAUUAUAUUUUUAAGUAGUGUUUGGAAUCAUGAUUUGUAAUAAGAAGAUUGAAGUUUAGUAUUAUUUGUUUUGCCCCCUUCCUCCCCCCCCCCCCCCCCCCCAUCCAUAAAAAAGAUGAAAUAAGUAGAAAUUCAAAAUACUAAAUAACUUUUUUGUUAGCCAUAGGGUUAUCAUUAUUUGAUUUUGGGAAUUUCAGUGCAGAAAUCGUAGAAUGUAUAAUGUAAUGAUAUGAACAGACAUAAUUAAUUUGUUUCGAGAAAAGAUCCUUACUCUAGAAGAUAUUUAAACCUCGAAACAGGCUUUAUGAAAUGCUUUGUUCAACAAAAUAUCUUGCUACUCAUAGCUAUAUGUGAAUGUGGUAUUGUCAAUAAAUAUAUUACAUUCCAAAAAACUCAGCAAAUAUAGUUAGUUUUAAUCUUUUUUUUAAUGUUUUUUACAAGUUUAGUUGUUUUUAUCUCUUGAGUAUCUUAAAGAAUCUUGGGAAAUUUUAAGGUACAAAUAAUAGCACUUAAUCAUAACCUCUAUGAUUUAACUACCCUCAUUUUAUUUUGAGGAAAUAAUUUUUAUUGAUUGAGGAAAUAAUUUUUAUUGAUUGAGGAAAUAAUUUUUAUUGAUUGAGGAAAAAACUUUUGUAGAUUGUUGAUUAUUUUUUUAUGCCAAAUUUAGAAUACAAGUCUCUAAUGAAAUUGUAUAUUUUUAAACACUGAUAUACUUGGUUCACCUAUGUCAAUGACAUUUAUCAAUCUGACAUGUAUAAAAAUAAGUUUGCAAUAUAAGAGCUGACAUUUUUUUGUAAGCAAUUGUUAAGUCAUUAUAUUAUUCAUUUGCUAGCUGCAUAUUCUAGUUAAAUGAAAGUAAAAUUUGUAUAAAAUGACUUAUCAGAAAACUUAUCAUGACAACAAGUGGCAGAAGGUUCUGGAUUUAAAAAAUAAUAAUUUGCAUAAUAUCUGAUAUUUAUUAUUAUAAUGGACAAUAAUCCUGCCUUUUUUCUGAAAUCCAGUAUCAACCCUGAAAAAAUAAACUGUCUCAAAAUCUAUUCUUUGAUAUUAGAACAUUAUCAGAUAAUGAAAUCUCAUUUAAACAAAUUGGUAAAUGAUAUUGUACUUAAUAUAUAUGAUAAGAAUCUCAUCCAAGCAAAUUUAUUAACAUAUGUUUCACAGUGAUCAGCAAUAGGUCAUACUUCUCAAUAAAUUACAUGAAAUAACAGAUUUAAUUUGGAAGGGAUUAGUUAUUAAACUGUAUUCAGCAUUGUAAUUUUAGAUUUGUUAAAGUGUAUAUAUAUCUUAAAUAUAAGUAAUAAGUGUGUUAUUUUUAAAGUAUAUAUAUAUAUAAUCUUUUGUAUGAAGGAAGGGUAAAUAGGUAAAAAAUUACUAUGUAAAACAUUUUAAUAUUAUUAUUGCUGUUGUUACAGAACAAAAUCAUCCUACAACUAAUUGUUUUUAUGCAUAAUUUAAGAAUUUGUACUAAUUUGUUUAAAUUGAAAUUGAAGACAUUGUUAUUUUAAAAUAACUUAAUACAUGCAUUUAAUGACAAAAGUUUUAUACAUUGCAUUUUAAAUAAUCACUUUAAAAUCAAAUUUUAAAGUUAACCCAAGAUUUUUCAUUUGCCUUUCAAUGCAUGUGAACAGUUGCAAAAUACAUAUUCCUUAAUUUCCAAUUGUAAGUUUUUCCUUCAUGGCUCAUUUUUCAUGAAAUAGGCACAAGAAUAAAAAAGUUCUUAACCGUAGUUUAUUGACAAUUGUCCAGAAUGGGCCAGUGUAAUAUGUUUGUUUUAAACUUGAAUAUUUUCAUACAUAUUAUAUCAAAUGUGUCAUGUUUUAUAACUGUAGGGUAGAUUUAAUAAUUUUAAUGAUAUAUAUAAUAAUGCUGAUGAUUUCAAACUGGUAUUUAUUUGCAUGUGCAAUCUAACAGAUUAUCAUCUGAAGUAGCAGUCAUAAGCAUAUAUAAAGUCCCAUGAUGUAUAUAGGUUUAUAAGAAUAUUAUUUAUCUGUGAUAUUUAUUAUUUCUGCUUAGUAUUAUUGCAUUUAUAUUUUAUUGCUAGGGGUAGAUUUUCCAUGCUUAAUUAUCUCAAUUGUUUGUACAUUGUUAGUGAAAUGUUGUUAGAUGGUUUUAAGGGAUUUUAUCAGACUGAUCAUUUUGAUCAUCAUAGUAUUAGUUAUAUAUACUAACAUUUUUAAUGAAAUUAUAGAAUCAUAUUUUUAAAGCAUUUUUAAGCUUACAAAUAUGAGAACAUAAUACAAUAUGGUUCUAUUCAUCUGAAAUAUUACUAAGAAGAAAGAUUAUGGUGAAAUAAUUUGACAAAACAUUAAUGAAAAUUGGUUUUACAUUAUUAUUCUUAUAAAUUAACUAUAGGAAAACAGUUGGCUAAAUACAUUACAAAUACAGUUUUUAACUAAGUGUAUAGGUGAAAGGCAAUGGAAAAUCUCAUUAAAUUGAUGAAGUCUUUGGCAUAAAACGCUAUAGAAUCCUUAAAGAAAUUUUGCCUAAAUUUCAAUUUAUCUUUUUCUGUAGGAAAUAACUCUAUGCCAAUGUAUUCAGAUUAAUUCUUGAAGAACAACAUCUAAUAUACAGUUCUUCCUAGACCAAUUUAAUGUGAGAGGGCUUACAUGAAACAUAAAACUGCUUGUAGCAAUUUGUGAUGCAGAAACAGUGCUGUAUAAUUGUCAAUUUGGCAGGAUAUACGAAUUUAUCUUAUAUAAUUUAGAAUAAAAUAUGUUAACAAUUCAGGCAUAAUCCUUAUAGUUGUUUUGAUAAUGAUGGCAUGGUACUUUGUUUUAAGAGACUGGUAGGGUUGUUUGCUCAAAGUAACUUUAUAUUUUUUUACUAAUUUAUAGCUUGUUUUGAUUUGAUUUAAACAAGAAGAAAAAAAUUCAGGUUGUAAAAGAAAAAAGUUUUCAACACUAUAAAUGGUUGUAACAGGUUAUUUGGUGAAUGGAAAUCAACAGUUUUUAAACUAUUUCUAAGGAAAACAAAUAUUGUCAUUUGAUACAGUAAUUGAAUAUUUUGAAAAAAGAUAAUAGCCGUCUUUGUGUUCAAAAUCAAAGUCAAAUGGUUACCAUAUAAGAUCUACAUUGGUCAGUUAAAACAAAACAAGAACAUCAAUAAAUUGAAAAUCUAUCUCUAUCUUGAUUUUUGCUUGCUUUUUAUUAUUUUACGCUAUUUAUCUUAAAAAUUGUAAUUGGUGGAUAUAAGUUGUUAUAUUUGACAGUACUUGUAUUACUUAAAUAUAAAAUUAUUCUAAUUUCUUAGUAUUUCAUUGCAAACAAUAUUGGAUAAAAAAAAUCCAUUUACAACGUUUUUUUAAUUUUAUUAAAAUGUAACAAAAAAUAAAAAUGUAUCAAUAGAUAUGAAUUGAGUUAAAAAAAUGUAUGGUUUUGAAGAUUUUUUUUGUAUUUUUGUUAUUUUAUAGUAAUAAACAAAACUCCCAAUUAAAUCAUGUUAUGAAAUUAAGGUCUUUUUGUCAAUCAUGAUGAAAAAAGUAAAAAUCACUUGUGGUAGGUACUACCAAUUACAUACUAGUACUUGGUAUUCAAUUUUUUUUAACUGUAAUGUAAAGGUACUACACAUAGUUUGUACAUUUUGCUGCAGCUUGCCUGCUUUAUUAUUUAUGGCACAGUGAACAUUUAUUAUUUCUUUUCUUUGCAUUCCAUAUCAAAAUGAUAAUAAAAUUUGUUAUUGUUUCUA